AUGCGCCUUGAUGUUCUCAGCCGUUUUGGCUCGCCGCUUGGCCUGUCCGGGCCCUCACUUCCGGAAGAAAGGUGCAACAUGACGCAGGAGGAGAUGGAAGACCAGAAGCUCAGGUGUGCGCUCGUCCGGCAGCCUUCCAAAGGAGACUUGCUUCUGAGCCAGCGCACGAUGGAGGAUCGCGCGUCGUGUGUCGAACGUGGCCUUUUGGCAUCGUGGGUGCGGGGGGCAGCUUCGGGCCGCCACCUUGUGCUAGUGAUGAGGGUACUGAUGCCAGGGUGCUGGGGCCCUCCAAGAAUCAUGCUUUUGCGGGCGCGGCCAACGGCGAAGUCAGCGCCGACCUGGCAGAAAAUGGCCUUGGGGGAUCUUCGAGGUGGGCGCUUGAGUUGCGUAGGCUGGGGGAGGUACGAGCUGCGGCGCCACCAUAGCGGGGAGCUGAUCGCAACCUUCAGACCCGAGCCGCCAUCAUCUGAUGGUUUCGCGCUCACACCGCGCUCCAGGUGGCAGGAACCCAGGAGACUGGUCCUGCCAAUUCUGCAAGGCGGUGAAUUUCGCUCGAAACAUCUCCUGCAAAUCCUGUGGUGCGCAGCGACCGAUCGCUGGGACGCAGAUGUGUACUUGCUUCAGCUGUUUGUUUCCAACAGUUUUCGUUGGAUUUGUGAGCCAGGACAGCCGGGAGACUGGAGCUGUCCCAAAUGUAGAGCUGUGUGCUUCGCAAGAAAUCCUGUCUGCGGCAGGUGCAAUUGCCCAAAGCCUGAGAGCAUCGAGGAGUACAAUCUCCUCGCAGCCGCAGCAGUGGGGGCCAUUCCAGGUGUGAAGGCGAGUGUGAAGGGCUAUGUGCCACCCACUGCGGAGCUGAAGACGGACGCGACCUCUCCCUGGGCGAGGCAGUGGGCGGCAGGACCCGCGGGUGGCAUGUUCGUUGGUGAGACGAACUUGCCGGCCUGGCUGAGAGGUUCGCCGCCCGAAGAGAAAAAGAACUCUUCGAGCUCAUCGGGCUCGGGCCAGGCGAAGAAGAAGCAGAAGACUGGUGAGGCCAAGGCAGCGCCGAAGAAGAAAGUGGUGAAGAUCAAGAAGAAGUACUCGGGCUUGUCCAAAGAGGAGGUUGUGAAGAAGAAAGCGGAGGAAGAGGAAGAAAAACGACAGCAGAUGCGCGAGAGACGGAAAGGUCGAGCCACUUGCCCGUUUCUACGUUGGAUUCCACAGUACCUUUGCCAAGUCACUUGUGAUGGCCUGGACGUCAGCUUGGAUGCUCGAUACUUCCUGCAGCGACUCAAGAUGAGUUUGGACCGCCUGCGAGAGCUUGAGCGGCACUUCUGGGGGCCCUGGAGACGAACCCGGGCUCCCGUGCUGGGACAGGUUUGCGAGGCUCGAUGGGGUCCCAUACCAGCUUGCCCGCCGGAGGUCAUGCGGGAGGCCGCGCGCAUCGCGACUACGAAGGCCUCUGCUCUCAACCUGGGUAGCAGUAGCCGCCUCCUGCGUUUGGGAAGCACCGACAGUGCUGCAGAGAGCCCAGGUGUAGAUGUAGCGCUGGAGAAGCAAGGGCGGAGAGGGGAGAUGGGGAGAGCAGCGACAGGCAGCGACAGCGAGCUGGAGGUUCAUGCGGUGGUGUCUGGCAGCCCCUGCAGCGAUGGAAAUCUCCGCCCGUUCGUGCCCAUGUCAAUCAGCGGCGCGCCGUGCAAUGUGGAGACCUUUGAGUCAGUAGAGUUCGCUCUCAGCACGUGCAUAUCACUCGUACUCGCCGCCAUGGCUUCUGUGGUUAUUGGCCGCCCCAGAGAGGAUGUGCACAAUUCAGGCGGAGGAGUGGCUGCAGCUGCCAGCCUGGUUGAGAGGCCGCAGACCGCAAACUCGCAACAGUUCGCGCCCGCCUUGGGUCCCCUGGCCACCGCACACGGGAGAGUUCCGACUUUCUUUGACAAGCCCGUCGCGUGCUUGGACAAGAUCCUUCUCUUCAUCGGGGCCGUGCUGAGCUCGCUCCUUUUCGCCGUGCACAACAUGCUGUCAAGCCCAUGGGAUUUGAUCUAUGUGGCAGCGGGAUGCCUGCUUCUACCAGUCACCCUUUUCCUGAUCAUUCAGAGGAAAGCCGUGACCCAGCCUCGGCCCCGAAAGGACGACGACACUUACAAGGUGUACAGGAAAUGGGCUCGUGCGACUUACGGGGAGAGCGACUCCACCCUUGAUCUCCUUCGCUUCCGCAUCGAGGGAGCUCGGUCGGGGGGGAAGGCUCGGCUGGAGUGUCUUGGACCUGCGGGCAGCUGCCACGCUGCUGCUGACAAGGGCGGCGACAGCUGCGUUUGCUGCCUCGCCGAUUUUGAGGCAGGCGAUGCACUUGCAAUCCUUCCCUGCGGGCACAUGUUUUGCGAGGCCUGUGUCGUGAGCUGGUCCUUCUCCGGUCGAGCGGCUUCGAGGCACUGUCCAGUUUGCCGGGCCGAUUACCGGGCGAGACGCAUAGAGUCAGCAUAG